UCUCUCCCUCCCUCUCUCUCUCUCUCUCUCUCUCUCUCUCUCUCAAAAUCUUCCACGAUUCCAAACAUUCAAUUACUCACUUACUAUUUCUUUUUAAUUUCCCAUUCUCAAAAUCAAAUUCGAAUUGACUCACCCGUUUGCGUUCUUCUUCUUUUUCAAUUUCUUGGUUUGUUUCUGCCGAUCGCAAAAUUGAUUUUAAUCCAAAUUAAUGGCUGCCGCGCUCCCAAACAAGGCUGGUUCGCAGAUACCAAGCAGACAAAAUCAUAGUGCAAGAAACUCGGAGAUCGGAAACCCCAUCAGGAGGAGUUUCAGUGGAAACCCGUUUGCUAAGCCUUCGGUUGUCCCUACUGCUAGAGGGUUUAACAGUAUUAACACACCUGCUAAUAGUCCUUCAGAAUUUCAUCGGAGACACUCAAUGGGCAGAGAAAGUUCGUCUUCUUUUUGCGAUCUCGAAGACAAGGAGAACGGGAAGGACGCAAAUCUAAAAGCGGCAAGAGUUCGAUCACCAGCUGCUCCCAAGGGUAGUAAGAACUUCAUGUCGCCUACAAUCUCUGCUGCAUCAAAGAUGAAUGCAUCACCGAGAAAGAAAAUUUUAUCCGAGAGAAACGAUGCACCAGUUCGACAUUCCGUUUCCUUCUCUGAUGUUACCACCAUAAUCAUGGAGGAUAACAAGAUUCAGAAGAAGCUGGUGGAGAUGGAUUCGCAUGAGCAGACGAUCAUGGAUAUGGACUUCAAAGAGACCAUGAAGAACGACGAAGCCGUUUCCCAGAAAGAUCAACAUGACUCAGCAGCAGAAACCAUGAAGAUCAACGAAGCUGCUGUCAUGGAGGAUGAACUUCUGGUUUUUCAAACCUCUCAACAAGAAGAUUCAGUAGCAGAAUCUGAUGAUGCUGAUCCAAGCUUUAAGAUCAGUCCUGGUCCUUCAGCUUCUUAUUCAAGUUCUAUGGUGGCACCCCUUGAUGCAGAUCCAAAGAUGCCUCCCUACGAUCCUAAAACAAAUUACCUUUCACCAAGGCCUCAGUUCCUCAAUUACAGGCCAAACCCAAGAAUCAUGCUUUAUCUUGACAGCAAAAGAGAAGGGAGUCGGCUUGAGGAGAAUUUUGCAUUUGAAAGCUCUUCUGAUACUGAAGUUACUGGAGAGGAGGAAACUCAGUCUGAGGAUUCACUAAAGCAAUCAGAGGAUGUUUCUUCUGAAACAUCUGAACCAGACUCCAUGAGCAAUGCUGACAUGCUUCUUCAGGGUGUUGAAGCAAAAGCUGUGUUGUCUAAACCCCGGUUAUUUACAAGAUCAAAGUUCAUUGCUUUGGUUUUGAUCAUGGUGGUUGGUUGGUUCUCCCUCUCAGUUACUGAUUCUCCAGUAGUUCAGCCAUUGCUAAGAGAUUUAACCCUCUAUGAGUUCUAUGUUCCACCAGAAGCCACGAACUUUGCAAAAGCCAGUUUCUAUGAGCUAUCUCAGAAGUUUAGGCUGUGGUCAGCUAAUUGUCUCUCUCAUAUUUAUAAACUGGUUUCCAGGUUAGGUGGAGUACAUGAACUGGCUCCUUUACAGUAUGCCAAUUUAACAGGUUUCCUGAAGGAUUGUUCCAUUGAUGGAUUUCCUCACCGAAAAUUUGAUCUCGGCCUUCUGAAGCCUUUGAGGGAGAGAAAGGUCGACAAUGAAGUAGUGGACGAUAAGAGUCGUCCUUUAAUUGAAGCUGACGAGACAAUAGACGAAGUUGAUGAGGGAAUGAAUCAUGACCUAGGAUUUGAAGCAGAAGGCAACAGUGAAGUUGUUUGUGAAGAACAUCAUGACUCUUCAAAGCAUGAAGAAAAUCAGCAAGAUAUUGGGGCUGAGGUGAUUGAAAAUGGUGAUAGCUCUGAGGUUGACAAGAGACUGGUGGAAAGAGAAGCAAAACAAUCUGAGAUGAUGUUUGAAUUUGAUAGUUCAGAGGAUGAGAAGAAAUUGGAGAGAGUUGAGUGGGCUUGCGUUGUUGCUGAAGUUGAUGUAGAUGCUAAACAAUCUGAUGCUCACACAAACAAUGAGCAACUAAGUAUCAUGGUUGAAACUGAAGUAAUCAAGCCUGAUAGUUCAGAGGGAGAGAAGAAUUUUAAUAGUAAUGCCGAACCAGAAAGUGAUUUUGAAGCUAGAGAAUUUACUGCUCUCGCAGAUAGUGAGCAGGUACGUGUCAUGGAACUCAGCGAGCAACCACUUCAACUGGAACCAUCAGAAGCUGGCAAACCUGAAAUUGAAAAUAAAAUGAAUUUUAUUACAGAAGCUGAGUCCACAGGAGUUAAUAACGAUCCAGAAAUCUUUGUUUUUGAUGUGGCUGAUGAGAAUUCACAAGGUGCAGAAACAAUGGAUUCUGCAACAAAACGGUCAGAGAAUGAAUUGAAAUCAAUGCAUUAUGUGUUGCCCAUUUCCUUGCUUGUGCUGAGUCUAAUUGCAGCCAUAGCUUUCAUGUCUGGAAAGAAAAGUAAAGCAUCAAUACCAAGCGCUGCAGUGACUACGAAAGUUGAUUGCAACACAACAUCAAUGACCGCUGAGCAAUUGAUCCAGGAAAGAUUCUCUUCGUUGAAUUGGCCAACUGAGGUUGACAUGCUUGGAGAGUCAUGUCCCUCAGGUAUGAGCAGUUAUCAGAGCUCAUUUUGCAGCCAGAAAGAGUCCAGUGAGGCAGAGAGCCAAGAAAGGCAGUCCAGCAGGAGGAACCAUAAAAGAGAAUCUCUUGCUUCAUCAGACUUCUCUACUGGUUCACCUUCUUAUGGAAGUUUCACUACUUAUGAGAAGAUAGCCAUCAAAUCUGGACAGGGAGAGGCUACUACCCCGGUUAGGCGUUCGAGCAGACUCAGCAGAAAACAAGUCACAUCCUCGAGAUAGAUGUUCGAGCAGACCCGGUUUUAUACACAUGUUUUCCGUUGCACAGAUGUGCAAUUUCCAGUGUAAAUAAACCAUGUAGUUUCUGCUGACAUAACCCAGCUGGAUUUAGUGAACAUUUCUACAAAUUUAAUUCUAUUGUUAACUUGAACUCAUUGGAGGAUUUUUUUGCAUGUUUCUUUCUGUUUAGCUUGACUGGUAGUGAUUGUAAUAUGAAUCUGUAAGUUCCGGAAUUGGAGCACUUCUACAAAUUUAAUUCUAUUGUUAACUGGAACUUGUUGGAGCAA